GCCGGUUAAUUGUUGCAUUGCUAGGGGCGUGGUCCAUUGGGUCACGCCCCUCUUCUCUGACCCAAGUUUAUACACAAUGGCUGAUAGAGUACCUUCUGCACACUCUAUAAAGAGCCCAACUAGAGAAAUGGAGAUGCUCUCACCGGAAGGAUCAUCCGUGUACAUGACUGAGGUUAGACUGGAUGACACCACUGCCCCUGUAGCUGGUAAGCCGCUCCCUCCUGACAACACCACUACACUGAUAGGAGUGCCUCGCAAAGUCAGUGUCCCCAGUGUGGAUGAAGUGGACAGUUGCUCGAGCGAGAGCCCCCCUCCCAGUCCUGCAUCUGUGCUCAAGAAUGCUGGGGUGGAUAUUGACCUGAACACUCUAACUCCUGAUGGAAGCUCUGCUCCUCUGGAAUUGCUAUCACAGUUCAUGAGCUGUGUAAUGAGGGAAGAGUAUGAAGCCGCACAACUGCUCUGCAUGAAGCUGCUGGAGUUUGAGCCUAACAACCAGACUGCACAAGAGUUCCUUCCUGUUAUCAUGGAGAGACUGAAACUAGAUGCUGAAUUCUCCAGCGAAGAGUCCAGUGAUAGCAGCAGCAGUGAAUCAGAGACUGACUCUGCCUCUAGUAGUGAUCAUGACAGCUCUGAGAGUGAAGCCACUCAUGAGACUGUGAACUGUAUAGCUUCCCAUACAAACUGUACACAUCAUCACUGACCCCCAUCCCACUCGUGCAUAUAAUUAUGAUUAUUCAUGAGCUCUAUUUUUAUAGCCCUAUCAUCAUUCCAACCCUGUCACAUGCUCACAUGCACUAUGAUGUUACAUGAACUAUGUAGACACUUGUCUAAGUAA